AUGGCUACCGCUUCACAGAACUGUCGCUUCCAUGGAAUCAGUGCUUUCUUCUUCCUCAAUCUCUAUUACUGGAACUCUCUCACGUUUGCCGAGACUACUACUACCAAUGUGUACAUAGUGUAUUUGGGUGCGAAGAAGCAUGAGGACCCAACAGCCACUCUGAAGUCUCACCAUGACAUGCUAGCCACGUUGCUUGGAAGCAAAGAAGCUGCCAAGAAUUCGAUUCGGUACAGCUAUAAGCAUGGCUUCUCUGGGUUUGCAGCUACUCUGUCCGACUCCCAAGCAAAAGCAGUAGCAGACUUUCCGGGUGUUAUUCGAGUGUUCCCUAAUUGCAUUCAUAAACUUCAUACUACCCGAAGCUGGGAGUUUCUAGGACUCCAUUCACAUGAGUAUCCAAGUGACCUUUUGUCUAAAACUAAUAAGGGUGAAGGGACUAUUAUUGGCAUUAUAGAGUCAGGAAUCUGGCCGGAGUCAGAAAGCUUUAAGGAUGAUAACAUGGGUCCAAUUCCAUCACGUUGGAAAGGAAUUUGCCAAACUGGACAGUAUUUCAGUUCCACCCACUGCAAUAAGAAAAUCAUUGGUGCUCGCUGGUUUGUAAAAGGCUAUGAGAAGGCAUUGGAGAAGCCCAUUAACACCACUGGAUCUGCAGAGUAUUUAUCCCCAAGGGACAAAGUAGGGCAUGGCACCCACUGUGCUUCCACAGCUGCGGGUCGUUUUGUACCAAAUGUAAGCUAUCAAGGGCUAGGUACUGGUUUAGCUAGAGGGGGUGCACCUCUUGCUCGCCUAGCAAUCUACAAGGCUUGUUGGUUUAGCGGACAUUGUACAGCUGCAGAUUUGCUAAAAGCAUUUGACAAGGCCUUACAUGAUGGAGUAGACAUUUUAUCAGUGUCUAUGGCCCCUAGAGUACUGCCUUUGGACGACUAUGUUGUUGCAAUGAGUAAUGGGAUUGGAGUAGGUGCAUUUCAUGCUGUAGAAAAGGGGAUAACCGUGGUUUGUGCAGCAGGGAACGCAGGUCCACAUUCUUAUACGGUUCAAAACUCGGCUCCUUGGAUCAUCACUGUUACUGCUACCACUAUUGACAGGGCUUUCCUAACAGAGAUUACACUUGGAAACAAUCAAACUUUCUUGGGCCAAUCUCAAUCACAUAUAAAGCGGAAAGGAUUUGAUCAUAUUGUCUACUUAACAGACCUGGUCAUAAUAAAAUUAGCAGAUGAUGCAUUAAAUUUCAAGGAAAACAUUGAGACAUUAGUGAAGAGAAAGGUUGUCCUUUGGUUUAUAGAGCCAUCUGCAAACAAUUUUGAUCGAUAUGACAUAGUUGUGAAAGCAGGAGGAUUCGGCAUUAUAUUUGUGCAACCUCAAAAUGGUCUCCUUCCAUGCCAUGACAUUCCCUGUAUUACAGUAGAUUAUGAAAUAGGGACAAGCAUAGUUUCCUACAUCAGAAGAACAAGAUCAGCAGUUGUGAAGCUCAGUGAGCCAAAGUCUGUAGUUGGGAAAUGGGUAUCUCCACGAGUGGCCUCAUUCUCAUCCAGAGGACCAAGUUCUUUGUCACCUGCUGUGUUGAAGCCUGACAUAGCUGCUCCUGGAGUGAACAUCUUAGCUGCAGUUCCACCACAAAUUAAGAAUGGUCCCGCCGGAUAUGAAUUCCAAAGCGGAACUUCAAUGGCUUGCCCUCAUGUGGCUGGAGUGGCUGCCCUCAUCAAGUCUUUGCACAAAGAUUGGUCCCCUGCGGCCAUAAAAUCAGCAAUUGUGACUACUGCCUCACAAACUGGCACAAAUGGACAAGUGAUAUGGGCACAGGGAGAUCCUCGCAAGCCAGCUGACCCUUUUGACAUUGGUGGAGGGCAUAUCAAUCCUAGGAAAGUAGCAGAUCCAGGGCUCAUUUAUGAUAUUAGCAAGGAGAAUUACUACAUUCAAUUCCUCUGUUCCAUGGGCUACACCAAUGAACAAAUUACCAACAUGUUGAACAAAAUCCACAUGAAGGGAAGAGGAGUCUCUUGUUCGAAAAAUAAGUAUUCUGAGUUGGACCUGAAUCUCCCCUCUAUCUCCAUCCCAAACCUUAAAAAUACCAUAACAGUCACCAGGACUGUGACAAAUGUGGGGUCUAUUAAUUCAUUCUACAGAGCUUUGGUGGAUUCUCCUCAUGGUGUUAGAGUGAAAGUUGAACCACGGACACUGUCCUUCAAUUCAUCCAUCACCAUGAUUUCAUUCAAAGUGACCUUUACUUCUACUCAGAAAUUGCUUGGGGAUUACUCAUUUGGAAGCCUUUCUUGGACUGAUGGCCAGCAUUUGGUUAGGAUUCCAUUAGCGGUUCGUGUUAUUGAGUAUAAAUCUUUUGUGGACACUUAGGGUUAUUUUAAU